CACUUUUGCUCAGCUUUCCCCAAUCUGCUUUUUUUUUCUGUAGUAUUACGCCAAGUUUCUAGCUUUGUGGAAUCUUUAGAAUUCAAGUGUUUAUUUUUAAAGAUAAGUUUAGAUUUUAAGUGUUAAUGCGUCAGAAUUUUUAGCAAUAUUGUUUCAUAUAUUAUGGUUUUAUUUUUGGCUAAAAUAUCUAUCAUGGUACUCUGUAUCUUCUGCUAUUGGCUUCUGCUAUGCUUCAUAUAUCAAUGGAUGUGCAUUUAUGGAACUUGAUUUACUUGGAAUUAGUAAGCUAUAUAGUUUUAACCAUCUUUCACGGAUUAUUUCAGCAACAUUCAACAUAACCUUCGUUUAUUUUUUUACUGAGCGUGGAAUAUUUGGUUUGUUCUUCUCCCGUAGCCACUGAACCCUCUGAAGCUCUUGCUAUCAUAUCGUUAUUCUCUACUGCAGUUGCUAAUGCAGUGACCAUACCCACUCUGCUGCUAUUUCUCUCCCGCCUCUUGGUUAUGUCAAAAUUUUGAGUUCGGAUAUUUUAUUCUGUGAAUAAAAUAUUGGUUUGAAUUGUUGGGAAAGUUUUUAUAUAUGUAUUAAAGUUGUAGUUAAUUUAGUUGAUGUUAUAGCUUUUAUAAAACAAAAGGCUGAGUUAAACCAAUAGCAUCGCAUUAUUUCUCACUGUCAUUACCAAGAUAAUAAGACUGACUUAAAGAGUUUUAGGCUUUCUAACCAUAUGCUGGCAUAUGGACUCCUCAUAAGUUUCCAGCGAGCUUAUAAUGUUGCUCGCCCUUUGAAUACUUUUCUGGUUAUAAUAUGUCCAGGUCACCCGACAAGUUAAACACUUCGAAGAGAACCAUUCCGUUCGAUUUCUCGCUUAAUUAGUCGGACAGAGAAGCUUGAAGGUGAUCUAUCAAGGAUUUUAAAAUUUAUAUACACUAACUAUGAACAUGGAAGUUACAUUGCGCAAAACAAGCUCAUCUUCAGCUAAUGAGGUAUAUAGACAAAGAAAAAAUCUACAAAGACAAAAGAAACGUAAACGAAAUGCAAGUGAUUUGAAUUGUUCAUUGCUACAUGAAUUGAAAAAUGUGCCUGAUUGCAUUCAUUGUGGUGCAAGAAGAUUUGAAUAUGAACCUCCUACUUUUUGUUGUGAUAAUGGAAAAGUUAAACUUGCAUUUUCUGAAGUUCCUCCGGAGUUGGAUGAAUUGUUUACAGCUCAGUCAGAAGAAGCUAUUAAUUUCAGAAGGAAUAUUCGUGCUUAUAAUAGUAUAUUCUCAUUUACUUCGUUUGGUGCAAAAUUGGACAAAGAAUUGGCAUCUGCAAGACGGGGAGUUUAUUCUUUUCGAGCACAAGGCAUGGUUUAUCAUGAUCUUCCUGGAUUGAUCCCACAAUAUACGUCUCCAACAUUUUUUCAGCUAUACUUUUAUGACACACAAAGUGAGUUUGAGAACAGAAUAAACAUAAUGCAAAAUCAAGUUUUGUCAGAAGCAGUUGUACAGAUGCUCAUGAAAAUUUUAGAGAUCAACCCGUAUGCAAAAUUCUUUCGAAGAUUGAAAGAUUAUCCUUCAAUGGACAAUGUUCAGCUUCAUAUUUCUAAAGAUGUCAACUUAGAUCAACGAGUAUAUAAUUCUCCACAUGCAGAUCAAGUUGCAGUUAUAUGGGUUGAGGGAAAUAAUGAAAAUAUUCCAUUGGAGCGGGAUAUUGUAGUUCAUGCUCAUUCCGGCGACAGACAUAGAAUAAAGCAUUAUUAUGGAUGUUAUGAUCCUUUGCAAUAUCCGCUUCUUUUUCCAAAGGGCGAAACAGGUUGGCAUCAAAACAUUAGAAAGAUUGAUCCAGCAUCUUUGGUUCGUAACACAAAUUCUGUUUCUACUUCUACUUCAUUAGCAAGAACCAUAACUGCAGGCGAUAUUAUCUCCAAUGAAGAACAAGGUAUCUCUAUUAACUUUUUAUAA